UCCACUACUAUGUUAGCAUAAGAAACUAGCAUCUGUGCUCAAUUGAAACGGUUAAGCUAACGCGGAAGCGAAAGGCGUCUUUUAAUAGUUCCGCCUUGUUUUACCUCAGUUGUUGAGUCGUACCAUAUUUAACGAGCCACAACGAGCAAAAAUACCGGUUCAGUACUCAGAUGUGUCGUAAAGUGUCGAUGAGGACGAAUACACUAAGAUAACCCGAAGUGCAGUGCACCACAGGGGGGAAAGGCAGAAAAUUCUACACCAGUUGUUAGACGAAAGGACAGUGGAGGCGGUCCUUAUAACAGGUGGCGGCCGUUGUGACGUCAGAGCCGUCCCGACUUCUCACCUUCGAAGUACACAAGGCAGCUCUUUGUUUUACUUAGGAUUCAAGACUACAACUGUGCAUCUCCCGUCACGUUACAUCGUUUAUAAAAAAAUAUAUAUAUUUACUAGACCAACGUGGCCAAAGUACCUAGCUAGCAAGCUAAGUGAGUGGUUUGUGUACAUUUUUGAGUCAGUCAUGCUGCAGGAGCCACAGGAGCCCCAAGCUUCACAUUGUGAUUUGUCAAUAGACAGUCACGCACCUGCUUCAGCAAAAUCACAGGAUAUUUCUCCAGUUUUGGCGAGCAUCUUUAAGGAGCUUUACAAAGAAGUCACCCCAUGCAACUUGAUAAAGACAAAGGGGAGAAGCAGCUUUCAUGACAGAUAUAUUGAAGAACUCCAACAGGUUCGUGCAGAAUACAAUCGUUGCAUAAACGAGGCGAACAUGCUGGAGAGCCACAUCAUUCAGGCCAGAGCUCGGGCGGCUGCCACAGAGAGACAAGCCUUGGAGAGGAUGAAGGAGCAGUUCAGAGAUGUUGAGGAUCUCCAGGCUCUCCCAUCAGUCAAGUCAGCCUUUAUCUGGCAUAUUGAUGAAGGUCUUCUCCAAACAAACAACCUGCUUUCACCGCUGGACUAUUUAACGCCACAAAAAAUCCAAAUGAAGGCUCCGGCAGUUGCAAAGCCAGAUCUUACCAGACCUACCAUAGCCUACACCAUGCACACGCAGCCCGACGACAUGCAGGAUGGUUGGGGCGCCCUGAGAAAGAAAGAAAGAAAGGAGUCUGAGCCCACCCAGACUCUUGACUGUAGCUCAGUGGCCACCAAGUGCAAGAUGACGUCCAAUGAGAGCAAACCUCGCCCAAAGUGGAAGGAUGAGCCAAGCGCUAAGGAUCGGGCUGAGGGCUUUGAAAAACUCCAGAAGAUGAAAGAAAGGCAACGCAUCCUACAAAACCCGCGCUUCCUUUCUCCAAAAACCCAAGGCAGGAGCGGCACUUCCCUCAUCCACGCCAAGGGGGUGAAGAAAGAUCCCAGGAGGGAAGAGAUGGGAGAGGAAAGCCCAAAAGAUAAUCCCGUUCAAGUCUUCCUGGCCAAUCCUCCAGUUGUACUUUUUAGCGCCUACAGUGUGGGGCGUGUGUACGAGACAACAUUGGAGUUAAAAAACGUGACGUCUUCUUGCCGAGAUGUGCGAGUCAUUCCUCCUAACACUUCCUACUUCACUAUUGGGCUAGGGAGAUUCCCUGGCGAAGGCGGCACUGUCGCUCCAGGCAUGAGUUGCAAGUUCACUGCACGCUUUGCUCCGGACUCCCUGGGAGACUACGAGGAUUUCAUCGUGGUAGAAAGUCAGGGCGAGCAUCUACUGGUGGUUCCCCUCGAGGCCCGCAGACCCCCACCCGUUCUCACUUUGCCAAGUGUUCUGGACUGUGGUUAUUGCCUCAUCGGGGGAGUGAAAUGUGUGGAGUUCCAAUGUCAGAAUGUUGGUCUGAGUGCUGGAACUUUCUGUAUCAUCCCAAAGAAUCAAUGGCCAGCCACCAACCCCAGGUUGGUGGUCGCUAGUAGUUAUUCUGACCAGCCCCCCUUUGCCAUCAGCCCGUCUUUCUUUGCCCUGCAGCCUGGGGAGGCCACCGUAGUGGAGGUGGUUUUCUUUCCCACAACCACUGAAAAGAGUUGUGAGCUUUUCACCAUCGUGUGCGACAACUGCCAGGUCAAACACAUUUCUGUUCAAGGUGAGGGCCAGCUCAUCGCCCUGGAGCUGUUGUUUGUUUCGGGGAAGGAGCAGCCCCUGAUGUUGGGCGAGGUACAUGACAUCACUGCAGACCACUUUAUCCGCUUCGAUUCAUGCAACCCUCACUCGGGGCAACACAAGAAAGUGGUCAUCAGAAACAAUGUCCACCUGGAGCUGCCUUUCCACUGGCAGGUUAUGAAGCCUAACCUCUUGCCGCUGCUGCUGAGCGAAAUCCCUGACCCCUCCCUCUUCCAGUACAACCACGACAAGGACGACGUUUUCCAUGUCAGCCCCGUGUCUGGAAUUCUAGCACCCUGCCAGGACCGAGAGUUCAAGCUCGCCUUCUGUCCGAAAGAGAUGCAGGACUACCACAGUGUCCUCCAUUUAGUCCUGAGCGAUGUCCCCCAGCUGCCAUUGGAGUGUGAUGAGGGAGCUGGCGUCCUACAGCCUGUGCGCGUCGGCUCCAAGGUGGGCGAUGCCACCGUCAUGGAGAUAGAAGUCAAGGGGUCGACGGAGCCCUUCAACAUCCUGCUGGAGCCCUAUGCUGUUGUCAUCCCGGGUGAACUUUUUAUUUUCACCACCACCCGGCGCCUUUUUAAGAUGUGGAAUCACAGCAAAACUUCUGUCUUCUUUCAAUGGGAGAAGAUGAGCAGCAGCUGUCACAAAAUAGAAGUGGUGCCCUCUGCUGGCAAAAUAGAGGAGAAGGAGUGUUGUGUUUUCAAUCUGAUUGUGACCGGGGGCAAGGCAGAGAAGGUGGUGUGCAGUCUGCUCUGCCACAUCCAGCAUCGCAACGAGCCCGUCGCCCUGGCCGUAGAGGUCACCUUCAAGGGUCCCAGCGUGACCAUCAACACUCCCAGCGUUGACUUCAGCCUCAUACGGCUGGGGGAGCAAAGCCAGAUGCAGCUGUACCUCAACAACCCUACUCACCUGGAGGCAUCCUGGACACUGGAGGAGGUGCACAAGAGUCAAGAUGAAAGCCAGGAAGUGCAGCUGUUUGUGGAGCCAUGCAGAGGUGUGCUGCCCCCCUUGGCUGGUUGCAACGUGGACAUCCUCUUCAGGCCGCAGUCCUGCCAAGUGUUUGAGACGGAGCUGGAGCUGGCAGUGGAGAAUGGGACAGGAUGUCACCUGCUGGUGCGCGCUGAUGUGCAGUCUCCUCAGCUGUGUCUGCUAAACUGCGAGCUGCUCCUCCCUGAGCUCUACAUGGGCAUCGCCGCCCAGGGAACCGUCAGUCUUUUCAACCAAACGCUCCUGACGUCCAGCUUCUCCUGGAUGGAUGAACUGAAGGGUCAACAGGCGUCGCUUUGUUCAGCCACUUUUGACCCGGCAUCAGGCACCCUGGGGCCAAACGCCAGCUUGGAGAUCACUGUGACAUUUGUCUCCAACACAGACGCGUCGCUCAAUGACGUUAUCGCUCUCUGUGAGGUGGAGGGCAUGACCUCGCCUCUCGUCCUCAGCAUCCUGGCCCCCACGACCCUGACACUCCGAGUGUCCUAUUCCCUGCCAGGUGUCAGGUGGGAGCGUUCACUUUUGUGUCCAAACUGGAAGCAUCCGCUCAAGCCGCUGCUGCUUUCUCCCCUUUGUGCUUGUAGCCCCGCCUCAGACGAGCAACCACAGUUGAUGCUCGACUUUGGCGGUGACGUUGUGCUGGCAAAACCUGUCACCAAGCAGCUCCUGAUGACCAACCACACGGCCAUCCCGGCGACCUUCACCAUCCAGGCAGAGUAUUUCUACUGCCAGGCUCGGAAGGCCACCAAGCAACCGGAGAAAAGACCCCAAUACAUGAAGAAGCCGCUUCACUCCGUCCAAGCCAAGAAGUUGGAGGACCAGUCACACAAGGACUUUGUGAACGACUUGCUGGCAAACGGUAAAGGUGCAGCCUUCUACGUCCUGCCGAGCACAGGGACGCUGGAACCCUUUGAGACCCAAACUGUGGACGUGACGGCAUACAGCGGCAUGUGGGGGGAGUACAGCGAUCAUCUCGUAUGCUGUGUGGGGGACCUUGAGCCCACCCUCAUCCCCAUGCAGAUGACCGUGAAAGGAUGUCCGCUCUACUUCCAAAUCAUAGGCCCGCGUCCUGAUGGCCAGACCCAAGGACCCAAUGUACAGUUCGGCACCCGUGUGUCUGGAGGCGACACAGUGUCUCGCUCUCUCCGCAUCAACAACCCCACCAUGUUUGAUAUCCGUCUGGACUGGGAGACCUAUAACGUCAUUCCCAAUGACCGGAGACUCGUGGAUGUGGUCAUGUCGUACGGAGAAAGCUUCCCUCUCAAAGACGUUGACGGCAACGAGAUACUGAAAGAAGCGCCCGGGCUUUCCAAGGGGGAGGCUGACUGCAAAAGCACUCAGGUUUUAAGUUCGGAGGCAACAAGUGCUUCUCUCCCCAGCUCCCCUGGCCCAGAGACGGAAGAGGGCACAACUGAGGACCGUAACGGCCUUUGUACUGCGAGGAAGAAAAUCCUCUCCAUCCACAUUCGCCCGCAUGUAGGAGACAAGUCAGAGGAGCCGUACUGCGUCAUACCGCAGCAAAUUGUCAUCCCGGCUCAAGGCAGCAGCACCGCGUACAUGUCUUUCACGCCGCUCACCCUGUCUGGAUCAACUCACGAGUCCAAGUGUUUGGGCUUGGCUCUGGGCUAUAUUAGCCUGGACUCUGAGACGGCUGCCUGCAUCCCGGGUAAAGUCAGGCGAAUUCAGGGUUUGGAUUUGGAGCCCAUCAGAGUGGAUCUCUUAGCAGUGGUCAAGCCUGCAGUGCUGUUGGUGCAGAUGGAAGAUGAUGGCGACGUGUUGGAGUUUCAGGCCUCGGCUGGUGAUUUAUUGAGCGCAGAAGCAGACGAGGUUUCAGUGCAGGAAUUCAACAACGUGCAGACAGUCAUGCUUAAAAACACCACCGACAUGCCCCUGCGCUUCAAGCUGAGGACUCAGCCGCCGUUUUCAGUGCCCGAGGUGCCGCCCCGAGCCGGGCCCAGCACCUCAGGCAAAUCAUCGAACGCUGACGCCAACUAUCUGCUUCUGCACCCACAAAAUAGCACACAGGUGAGGGUGUCCUUCCGAUGCUCGCUGUCUCUUCUGGACCACGCCGAGCUGCCUAAAGAUCAACUCCCCGCAGGGGUGGCGCUGGUCCACAGUGAAAGUGGAUACAGGCAGCUGAGGUUCCAGGAAGAUCUCCUCAUUCACUUCAACAACAACAGCCUGCAGACGGUGCCGCUCUGCGCCCACCUGAAGCUUGCGUCGCUGCGCCUGUCCACUGACACCAUCAACUUUGGCCUCUGCUUGGUGGGACAGACGCAGACCAAAGAAGUCAAGCUGUACAGCGACGGCUCACACACUCACUGGAAGGCACGCAUAGUGUGCCCUCCACCGCAGAGUCACCUGAGGAUGACGACAACGCCCACGUCUUCAGCAUCACACCCAGCUUUGGGCUCCUCACUUCAAAGGAUGACCAGCACACAGCUGCCCACAGCCAACGUCUGGAGAUCAGCUUCACUGCCAGUGAGGUCACGCAGUACAAGUCCACGGUGGUGAUCACCUCUCUGCUGGUCAGGAGUCCUCUCAUCCUGCAGCUCCAAGGCACAGGAUCAUGCCAGAUGUAGUCACAAAACACUUGUCUUUUAUUCCAACAUGACAUCUUAAUAUUUCAAAGCGCUACUUUGAAAAGGCAUCUUCUGGACUCAUUUUGUGAGUCUACAAUCAUUUUUACAUGAAAAAAAAUCAUAUUACACUCAUGUUAUUGUGCUAUCUGAGCAUUCACAUGAAAAAUAAGUCAAAUGAAAGCACCGCACCGUCACUCACCCUCUCCUGGCAAUUAACUUGGAAGACACCAUGCACACAGUUCAGAGAAACAGUCCCCUUUGUUAUUGUAAUUAACAUAAUGAUGGUUAAUUAUUGUAAAUAUUCACAUUGGUGCAGCAACCUCUCAUCUGGGUUUGUAUACUGCAUGUUAGUAUAAACAAAGCUGUUGUUUCCAUAGGA